AUGGGACUUCGUGAUUCGACUCGAACGCUUUUACGUAAACUCCGAGGACGUGAUGUGAAACAGGAAGAGGCUCAACAGCUUGAGCCUGUGGCUCUAGCAGGUGCCAGUAAACGCUCAACGACCCGUUCGGAACUUUGUAGUACAUUUGCUACGACGGCUAUGAGUCGUGAAGAACUGGAAGGUCGACGAAAAGCUGUUAGUGAAGGCAGUGCCCAUUGGAAACAGUGUGGAAUGUGCACUCGUAGUUUUGUAGCUGGUACUAGUCGCUAUGCGGGCUUUUGUUCGCUCGACUGCAAGUCUGCGGCGUUCUAUACUCAAUCAGCACGCGUCUCGAGGACGUUAUCGUGA